UCAAUGCUCUGGCCUCGCCCACUGCCGCAGAACGCUUGGUCCCGGAAAUGCCACGUGUACGGAGUGCGCCUGCGCGGCGUAGCUGUCGGUCCCUUCCGGUGUGUAAUUCUCUCCCUCCGUCCUUCCCCUCCGCCCCCAGGCUCGGCGCUGGGGCCGGGCGAGCGCAGGCAGAGUUGUGUCCGCUCCCGCCAUGGCCCAGCCCGGGAGACCCCCCGCCGCCUCCGGACACAGCAGCCAGAACGGGGCCGGAGAGGAACGCUACAGCAACGGUCCUGUGGAAAACUCACUGAUGCAUUCAUCACAAAUGUUAGAUGGCCAAGGAUUCAGCUCUGCAGUUCCAGGAUUAUACUCGCAUCAGAUACCAACAAAGGUUCCUCUGCAUCCAUCUUCUGGACAAUAUAACUUUGGUGGUUCUCAGAAUGUUUCUCCAUUAAGUAAUCAGGGAUCUGGGCAGACUCUUAGUAGACCACCUGUGGGACCUACUUCUAUGGCACCUUUGCAACAUACAAGUUCUGUUCCCCAAAUGCUCCCUCCGUCACAAAACUCUGCUGCUAUACCAUCAUCUUCUAAUAGCUUCAUUCCUGGCGCUCAUCCCCCAGCACUUUCAAACUGGCAAUAUAGUCAGACUCCUAUGAGUCAGCCAACUGGGUCUCAAACAAACCAUUUUGCUCAUGUAGCAGGAACCGUAUCAACCCAGCCAUUAUCAUCAUCAGGGAGCACAAAUCCUGCAACAAGUUAUCAGUAUACUGUUUCCCCUGGAGGUCCUCCACUUCAAAACAGCUACAUGAAACCAGGCUCUGUUCUUCCACCAGUGAAUCGGCCUUUAGCUUCAGCAUUCCCUCCUGUUAGACCUCCUCUAGGACCUCCUCCGGCUGGAGGUCCACCUUUAGUGAGGCCAUCGGCAACCCCAGUAGGUCGGCCUAACAGCUCUCUACCCCAACCUCUGCUAAAUUCAACUACAAACCAAGAAGGUGAUGCAACAGCCGCUGCCAGUGAUGGGUCUUUGGUCCAAAAUAGUUAUGAUGCAAUAGAAGGAGGAGGCUUCAUGGCAACCACGUAUCAGUCUCCUGCUCCCCAGAAUCUUAAAAUGGGUAGAAAUGUUGGGUAUUCUUAUCCCACCUUACCACCCGGCUACCAGAAUGCAUCUUCACCUGGAGCACCAGGAAUGCAGUCCUCGCCCCUGCAAUACCCAGCUGGACCACAACCAUUUCCUCAACCUGCCUUGGGCACUAAUCACAUAACUGGGUCUAUGGGUGGCCUGAGUCUGCAACCAGAAGGAUUAAGAUCUAUCAACCUUCUUCAAGAAAGAAAUAUUCUUCCUACAACACCUUUGCAGGCUCCUGUCCCAAACUUGCAUGAAGAAAUCCAGAAGCUCAACUGUAAUCCAGAGUUGUUCCGAUGUACCCUGACUAACAUUCCUCAAACUCAGGCCUUAUUGAAUAAAGCCAAACUUCCUUUGGGGCUCCUGCUUCAUCCUUUCAAAGACUUAUCGCAAUUACCUGUGGUCACCUCCAGUACAAUUGUGAGAUGUCGUUCCUGCAGGACGUAUAUUAACCCUUUUGUCAGCUUUCUAGACCAAAGGAGAUGGAAGUGCAACUUGUGUUAUAGAGUGAAUGAUGUUCCUGAAGAAUUCAUGUACAAUCCUGUGACAAGAGUAUAUGGAGAACCUCAUAAAAGACCUGAAGUUCAAAAUGCUACUAUUGAGUUCAUGGCUCCCUCCGAAUACAUGCUACGUCCACCUCAACCUCCUGUGUAUCUCUUUGUGUUUGACGUCUCCCACAAUGCAAUAGAAACAGGAUACCUGAAUACAGUCUGCAAGACCUUAUUAGACAAUCUUGACUUGCUUCCUGGGAACACUAGAACAAAAAUAGGCUUUAUAACAUUUGACAGCACAAUCCAUUUCUACAGUCUUCAGGAAGGUCUCUCUCAGCCUCAGAUGCUAAUAGUUUCAGAUAUUGAAGAUGUGUUUAUACCAAUGCCAGAGAACUUAUUAGUAAACUUAAAUGAAAACAAAGAGCUAAUUCAAGAUUUACUGAGGACCUUGCCUCAGAUGUUCACCAAAUCCCUGGAAACACAGAGUGCUCUGGGACCUGCACUGCAGGCCGCCUUCAAACUGAUGUCUCCCACUGGUGGUCGAAUUUCUGUCUUCCAGACACAGCUUCCAUCUGUAGGAGUGGGAUCACUAAAAUCCCGAGAAGAACCGAACCAAAGAGCAUCUGCAAAGGACAUACAUCUUACACCAUCCACUGACUUCUAUAAGAAGUUAGCCUUGGACUGUUCAGGGCAGCAGGUUGCAGUUGACUUGUUCCUUCUUAGUGGGCAGUAUUCUGACUUGGCUUCAUUAGGCUGUAUAUCGAGGUAUUCAGCAGGGAGUGUAUAUUACUAUCAAUCUUACCAUCAGCAGCACAACCCUGUCCAGGUGGAGAAAUUACAAAAGGAGCUGAAACGAUACUUAACUAGAAAGAUUGGCUUUGAGGCGGUCAUGAGGAUAAGAUGCACCAAAGGUCUUUCCAUUCAUACCUUCCAUGGGAACUUCUUUGUGCGAUCAACAGACUUGUUGUCUUUACCCAAUGUAAACCCGGAUGCAGGAUAUGCUGUACAAAUGUCAGUAGAGGAAAGUCUCACUGACAUGCCAGUUGUUUCUUUUCAGUCAGCAUUACUGUACACAUCCAGCAAAGGUGAAAGAAGGAUUCGAGUCCACACUAUGUGUUUACCUGUUGUUACAACACUGAGUGAUGUCUAUCUGGGGGCUGAUGUACAAGCUAUUACAGGGUUAUUAGCCAAUAUGGCUGUGGACCGGUCAGUUUCUGCUAGUUUGAGUGAUGCUCGGGAUGCCUUGGUGAAUGCUGUAAUCGAUUCCCUGUCGGCUUACCGCUCUUCAGUCCUAAGCAUUCAGCAACCUGGUCUGAUGGCUCCCUAUUCCCUACGACUCUUUCCACUUCAUGUACUGGCUCUCUUAAAACAAAAAGCAUUCCAGACUGGGACAAAUAUCCGUUUAGAUGAGCGUAUUUUUACUAUGUGUCAAGUGAAAAACCAGCCCCUAAUUUACCUCAUGCUUAUGACCCAUCCCAAUCUGUACAGAGUUGACAAUCUCACAGAUGAGGGAGCCCUCAACAUCAAUGAUAAAACAAUACCUCAGCCACCCAUUCUCCAGCUGUCUGUGGAGAAGCUGAGUAGGGAUGGUGCUUAUCUUAUGGAUGCUGGCUCUGUAAUGUUUAUCUGGAUUGGAAAGAAUUGUGGACAGAAUUUUAUCAGCCAAGUCCUUGGAGUUCCAAGUUAUGCAUCAAUACCACAGAAUAUGACGCAUCUUCCAGACCUUGAAACAGCUGAAUCUACCAGAACAAUAGCUUUUAUCUCUUGGCUGAGAGAGCAAAGGCCAUUCUUCCCUAUACUGUAUAUAAUAAGGGAUGAAAGUCCACUGAAAUCAAGUUUCCUACAGAACAUGAUAGAAGACAGAACAGAAUCUGCCUUAUCAUACUAUGAGUUCCUCCUGCAUAUACAGCAGCAAGUGAAUAAAUGAACCACUGGGUUGUAUGGCUCGCUUGCUUAGCGAAAAUUUCUGCAGUAAAGAACACUUGUGCUUGUAAUAUCUUUUGUUAAGUUUGUGGCCUGGUGCAGUUGAUGAGAAGUUCUCACUGUGAUUUCAACAAAAUAAAGCAAAUAAAGGACCACAACUGAGGAUCAUUUGUGCAACCACAUAAUAUUGUAUGUUUAAAAAUCAAAAUAUAUUUGAAGAGGUUGGGGAUCUUUAAUUUGCUGCAAAUUAUGCUUUUACUGUAAGCAGUUGCAGCAUGAAGUACAUUUGCAAAGGCAAUAUUGAAGGAGUGAAAUACAUUUUGUAAAAUGGAGUUUUGUUCAAAAUGUAUAUUUCUGUAACUUUUAGUUUUGCGUUUUUUUUUGUUUUUUGUUUUGCUGCUAGAUUUAAAACCUCAAUAUGAUUGAGUUGCAGGGAAAUUAUAUUGUCUUUAUGAUACAGUAUAUCCACUGAUUAAAGACUGAAAAUUUAUUUUAAAAAAGAGAGCUCCCUGGUACACUUAAAGUAGCAAUGAAACAAUUCAUUGUGAAAUGAACAAAUUUUUGAAAAAAAAAUUAUGAAAAUUUUAGGAUGUAAUGUUCUAGAAAUGGUUAUGUUGGAUAGGUCUAAAGGUAGCUUAAACUGGCCUGGCUGGAUUGAGAUAGUCUGAAGUAAUUUUUAAAAAGCUUUCAAAUGCAUCAAUGUUCUUGUACCUGAAAGGCAAAGUUGGCAUAGCAUACUGUGUAAACUGAAAACUGUAAUCAAGUGAUCUGGCAGCAAAAAUGGGCUAAGACUUUCACUGAGCCUUGUGUUUGUAGUUAAAAAUAAUGAGUUUGGUCUUGUCUUGAUAGUUCAUUAAAUGGCAGGAAUGGGGAAAAGAAGGCAAAGCAUAAAACCACCUGAUCCUUUCUGUGUGUUACAUUAGAUAGAUUUCUGCUCUAAAUGUUAGGCCCAUAACAUUUUUUGUGAAAUGAGGCUGUGGUAGCAUUUCAACCUUUAAUUUAUCAAUAUAUUUUAGAGACAGUACUGAAUAUUUUGUUUGACAUCUAAAACUGAAUUCAAGCAGAAGUAAUAAUUUUGCUCUGGAAAUAAAUGGAAAAACAUAUUGGUAGGAAGUGUUUUAUAGUUCAGUGAAUAUAUUUAAAGUUCUCACAAAUCUUUUUGAUUGAAGCUUUGUAACAAGCCUAAUUCCAGGGCCAUGUGUGCACACAAUAUACAUGUUUUAAUUUAACUGACAGACCUGCAAGUGCUACGAAUGAAACAUGGAAAUUGGAUUUACAGAAAGCUGGUAUUCUUAAAUGUAAGAUGUGUAAAGUACAUGAAAUUAAAGUAUAUCGGUUGGGGAGCAAUCUGUCGAUGACAGGCUGUUUCUCUUUAUGUUGCUAGUUGAUUGCUGCCCCUUAUAUGCCCGUGGAAAAAAUGUUUUCUACUUUAUUUUGCUUUUCGUUCAUAUUAAUGCUCAUACACUUACAGCAGACUUGCAAAAAUCUCCCUGUUGGGGUCAAGUAACUUUUAAUUGAUGAGUAAAAGGUAGGAAAGUAGAUAUUGUGCCUAGGCUAGUAAACUUGUGAAGGUUUUGCAAAGCGGAUUUAACAGGAUCUGGUAGGAUCACGGUUUCUGCAGCCAUUCGUCUGCUUCUGCUCCAGUUACAAUAUAAUUGACUGAAAGGAGUUAGCUCAAUGCAGGGGAGAAGCAGCUGUUUCUUCAUAGAAACAUCUUGUGAAAUUUGAGCACAAACGAGCUACUAUCAUUCUGUGCUGAUUUGUGAUGUUUUCAAAAGAGCAUUUUGGAACAGAUUUACUUCUUCCAAAGGUGAUUUAAACACCCUGCCUGCUGUGUCUACAUGACUAGUGGAAAUGUAUUUCCCAAAAGUUUUUUUAUAAGAUUGUGCAUUAUUUUCAAAGUGAAAAAAUAUAGUAAGUAUAUAGGGGAAAAUUGUUUUAAAAUUUACUAAAUUACUUUAUUUCUAGCUUCACUCACAUUUAGAUCCUAAAUUUUAUUUCUUAAAUGAGAAUCAGUCAUUCAGACAACCACAGUUUUAUUAAGUGGUAACUCGCUCCAGGCACAUGAUGAUAAAAUGUACCGACUAGGAUGUUGGAAAUCAUCCAUGCAUCUCACAACAGACCCAAAGCCUUUGUUUUUUCUUACUGUCACCACAUACUUUGUCAUUAUAUUCCAUAAAGUUACAUUUUUAAAGAUAGUGUCUGUUUCAGAGAGAGCGUCACUUGCUUUAUGUAAACCAGGAUAACAGCUAUGAAUGUCAGUCUACAUGCCAAUAUAGUAACUAACAACAUUUCAAGUUAGGAUCCCUAAUAUUUUUCUCUGUGAAACUUAUGAAUGAGCGAGCAAAUGACCCCAUUUGAAGUAGAAUGCUUUUGGAAUGUCCGUAUUGUAUUUAAGAAAUAUUCUGCAAUAUUGAAUGUGUAGUUUCAAUUCCAUGCAGUGGGGGACAAAACCUGCUGCUUCAAUUCGUAUUACUCUUACAUCAUUGCAGAACACACCAGUGUGUAAACUGCCUUUGCCACACUUCUCACUGUAUUACAAACGUCAAGAAUAACUUGUUUAUUUUAAGAUCUUAAACAGGGAAGGGUGGUCCUGGUUGUUCUAUCUUAGUGUGACAACCCCACCACAGCACAUGUACUCUAUUUUUCUAGUUUCUGAGGUUUAACUAUUUGUUUGAUACAUUAAUGUUAAUUCUGUCAACAUCAGUACCAUCCAUUUUAAUUUGUAUACAUUAUCUUUUAUAAUUUAAUAUAUUUGAGUCUCAGUCUAAACGGACUAUUUUGCAAUAACUAGAAUAAGAUUUACAUUUCUUUUAUUCAGAGUUAAUUUCUUAACAAUUUAUAAUCAAAGAUGUAGAAUGGCUGUUAUAUAAGGGACCAUCAAAUGUGAUUUUAAGCUUUUGUUCACUAUUAUGGAUGUAAUCCUUAUAAAUUUAAUUUUGUAAAGUAGUGUAUAAUAUUGUAAUAUUAAAUCCUUGUUUUCUGAAACUCAGACACAGAUCUUCAGCAUGAAGUUAUAAAUCUUGCCCCUUCUGAAUCUGAGACAGGAUUUACUUGUCCUCCUUUUUACAGUUUGUAAUUUUCACUGUUUUAUUCCUGUAAAAAGUCAUUUGUAACACAUGCAAAUGCUUAUUUUAUCUGUGCUAAUUUAAAAGAUUUGGCUACUCAAUAAAACUAAUUGAAAGUG